AUUUCUUUGCAGUUUGUAGAAAUUGUUCUUGAGGUACAUGCAACUCCACAGUAUCCAAAAGAACCUCCUUCUGUUGCUAUUGUGGAUUGCAAGGGUUUGGAUCAACAUAGACAAAAGCAUUUAUUGAAUCAUAUUCAAACUAAAGCCAACGAGCUUUCCCCUGGAUUAAUGCUCGUAGCUCUUUGUGAGGAAGCUGUAGAGAAACUCUCAGAUAUGAAUCAUCCUGAUGGUGAUUGUCCAUUGUGCUUAUUCCCAUUGGUGACAGAAGAACACCAAAGUGAAACCUUGCCUUUUAUGAAGUUAAUGUCUUGCUUUCACUGUUUUCACAGUGAAUGUAUCAUUAGAUGGUGGAAUUGGCUUGAGAGUUCUAAACAAACAGGGUCUUCCAAAUCAGAUAAUGCAACGGCUCGUCGUAACAGGGGUAUGUGUAAUUGUAAAGUUGCAUUUGACGAUAGACAUGUAUAAAUAUAGUUUUCUUCAGUGUGAAAUCAUUCACUUUUACAAAGUAUAGAAGCUUGAAGGACUAAUAAUCUAAUAUUCCUUACUGUAAAUCCUCUUAAGACAUGGUUGGCUCCUAAAUAAAUUCCAAAAUUUUCAAAUUUAGUUUGA